UGAAAAGCAGUGUUCGCCUUUCGAAGAGCGUGCGUGAGUUCUCCCUUAUCUUCAUCACACUCAACCACAACAACAACAACCACCAGAAGAAGCAUCAUGGGAAAGCUGCUGUCCAAAAUUUUCGGCAACAAGGAAAUGCGAAUCCUGAUGCUCGGUCUGGAUGCGGCCGGUAAAACAACCAUACUCUAUAAGCUUAAGCUAGGCCAAUCAGUAACGACAAUUCCAACGGUCGGGUUCAAUGUAGAAACCGUAACGUACAAGAACGUCAAAUUCAACGUGUGGGACGUUGGGGGACAGGACAAAAUAAGACCCCUUUGGAGGCACUACUAUACGGGUACACAAGGGUUAAUAUUCGUGGUGGACUGCGCAGACCGCGACCGGAUAGACGAGGCGCGCCAGGAGCUCCAUCGGAUAAUAAAUGAUCGCGAAAUGCGGGACGCGAUCAUUCUGAUAUUUGCGAACAAACAGGACCUGCCAGAAGCAAUGAAGCCUCACGAGAUCCAGGAAAAGCUUGGUCUGACGCGGAUACGCGACCGGAAUUGGUACGUGCAGCCCUCGUGCGCCACCACCGGGGACGGGCUCUACGAGGGUUUGACGUGGCUCACGUCCAACCACAAAUUAUGAGAAUAAUUGUA